AUGAUACUCGGUUCAGUUUCUCUCCUCGACUGCUUUGUGUUCCUGCUUUUUCUGGCCCCACAAAUCCUCCUCCAGGUCGGCAUUAGGCGCACGGCAAUCUGGCUCCUUGGAGCCCUACCGUCUUUAGUUUCUGCAGUGCUUAUUCUCCCCUUCCAACUCCUUCAUGACAGGUACCUCACCCCGUACGAACUUCGGAGCCCGUUCGUCCAGCGCGCAACCGUGUUUCAAGAUGUGGUCAUAAGAUGUGUGCGAUAUGCAUUUGCACACAUGCCAGCGUUCUUGGGCCGAGUCUUCUUCUCCAAGCAUGUGGCUUUACCAUUUCUCCGUUUCCGGAUGCUCCGGCAUGGCAUAUAUACUUCACCAGUCAGGUGGGUAGAAAUAGAAAGACCCGGCUUCAAAGGGAUAUGGGUCACAAGCAAUCACCGAGAGCGGCCAGAUAUCAUUGUCUACUAUUGUCAUGGCGGAGGCUUCUCAAUGGGUUCAACUUACUUCUACUUGGAGUUCCUCCUUGCAUGGGUGAGCUUACUUGAACAGUCGGGAUACCGGGCUCCUGCACUGCUUGCUCUGGAGUAUACCCUUGUUCCGGAUGCAACUUAUCCCACACAACUAGAGGAGACUUUGGCCGGUUACGAAUAUGUUCUAUCUAUGGCGCGAGAUUCCUCUACCAUCUGCAUGGGCGGAGAUUCCGCUGGGGCAACACUUAUACUCAGCCUCUUGCUCCACACUGCGGACCAUCAUGAGAUGCGACAUCGCCGACCCGGACUAGCCGUUCUGAUCUCACCCUGGACUUCCAUCAUCUCUCCAAGAAACAAGAACACGCGUAGCGACUACCUGGAUUCUAAUAGCCUUGAAAGAUAUGGCAGUCAGUACAUUGGAAAUAAGUUGGCCCCAAAUGAUCCAACGGUCUCACCGGGUCACUGCAAGGAUGUCAGCCGUUGGCGAAAUGCCAGCCCCAAAAUGGGAUGGCUCUUUCUUUUCGGCUCAGAGGAAGUGCUGGCACCUGAGACGAGGGAUCUCUGUAAUCUUCUGGAACGCAGCGGGGUCGUCGUUGAAAAGGAUGAAGAAAAAGGUGGCAUCCAUGCCUGGCCUGUGGCAUCACUCUAUUUGGGUACGACAAAAGCCGAACGGUUGCAUGGUUUAAGACGCAUCGCGCAAGCAACUCGAACUCGAAUUCAUUGA